UUCAUCAUCGAUCAUAGCUCCCAAAACCAGAGUCCAAGCAAGCCCACCCAUGAAGGAAUAGAAGAGCCCCCAAAGAGUAAAGAAAGAGAAAAGAACAACCCAACAAAGAAAAACAGAGAGAAUCAGUCGACGAACAUGGAAGAAGAAGAAGAACAAGAACAAGCACAAGCGACGGCAUCUCCGAAACCUUCGUCGUCGUCUUCCUACGUCUUGAUCAUGCAGCUGAUGAGCAAGCGAAGAACGUGGGUAUGCCUAUUCGUCCUCGUCUACGGCCUUCUCCUCUCAUCUUCCUGGAACGUCUUGCAAUCCGUGCUCUCCUGGUACGAAUCGAACUCCUCCUCCUCCUCCGCCACCGCGUCGUGGGCGGCGCUCUACGCCUCCGUGAUGCUUGGGGCAGUGUUCGGGAUUCUGGGCAUGGCGGCGGCGCUGGCCGUGGCGGUGCCGGCGACGCUGGUGACGUGGAUCACCAUCCUGGUUCUGCUCACCUUCUGCGGGAAGCCCCGGCGGGACCUGGUAGUGGAGGGCAAGAAAUUGACGGCGGAGAUCACUGGGUUCGUGGUCAAGAUCUUGAUCCGGGAAGGGAACGCUGUGGCGGCCGUUUGCGCCGUGCUGGGCUACUUUGCGCUGGUUCGCCGGAGCAGGGACGAAGCUUUACCUGGACCUUCCACUUAGUUGUGCAAUUUGGCUGUUUGGUUUCACAGAUUUGGGAAAGUGGUUUCUGCCCUAGUCAAUGAUUUUCUUUUCUUUUCUUUUCUUUUCUUUUCUAUGAAUGAUCCUCCUUUGUUUGUAUAACAUGAAGUUGUAAAUUGAGAGCAAUAAUCAUAGUUCGUUUUACAAAAACAUUUUUGUAUCAAUUAUCACUUAAUGUUGCCAAUUGAUGAAACAAAAGUAAA